AUGGCGGAUGUGACCGCCACAAUUGUACAUGGAAACUUUGCAUAUCAGGGAAAUGUCUCUUACAUCGACACAUCUUUGAUGAUAUCCGAGUUAAAUCCGACAAUAUCAGAUAUGUCAUUGCGUUAUGGUGCUGUAGAGUGCUACAAGAACUUAGACUGUAACGCAGUAGAAAUAUGUUCAUCUGAAACAGGAACAAUUUUUCGACUUAGUUCAAAAAUUGCCACAUCAUUACAAACUGGAAGUAAUACCUGUUUACGUUAUGAAUUGGAGCACGCAUGCGGAUUGGGAUCCUACUUUAAUCGACUAAAGCGUGAAUGCGAAUGUGUCAUAGAUUGUGCACGUGACUGUGGAACUAGCACGCCCUCUCUUGGUGACAGUUUGCCUCAGACAGUAGUUUUAGGCGGUCAACAGUUUUCUACGAACUGUAUGAACACAGCCGGUCACAUCUGGACGAUGAUACAAAGGAGAGUUAACGGUUCUGUUGAUUUCUACAGAGGAUGGGCAGAGUACAAGACCGGAUUUGGUGACGUAGAUUCUGAAUUCUGGAUAGGACUUGACAACAUCCGACUGUUGGUGACCAAUGGAUAUACAGUUCUACGAGUGGAAGUGGAAUACGGUGCAGAAUCUAAGUAUGCGGAGUACAGUAGUUUCUCUAUAGCGGGGGAGGGUGAUAACUAUCGACUCCAGGUCUUUGGAUACACUGGAACAGCUGGAGACGGUAUUUCGUGUGUACACCAGUUCUGCCACAACGGGGCUCAGUUUUCCACAUUUGAUAAUGAUAACGACCUUGACCUUUUGGAUAAUUUAGCCGUAAAGUGGCGAGGGGCUUGGUGGUACCUCUAUGGACAUAUGUCAAACCUUAAUGGUGAAUACGGCAAUAAUAAUCAUGGAGAGGGGGUGAACUGGUACCCUUAUAAAGGAUGGACGGUAUCUCUGUCUAAAACCCGGAUGAUGCUUCGACGAGCCUGA